AUGAUUGCAAAAAAUAUUCCUUAUUAUAAACAAUUGGGAUAUUCUUCGUCAAUAAAAGGCAUUAGAAAAAUACUGGAGAACAGAAUUGGUUUAUAUGGAAAUGCGAUACGAAUAGAGUUAGUCAUAUAUAUGGAUAAAGAAGGCAAAAGUAAAGAGGGCUGUCCUAUAGCUAAGUCUAUCAUUAGGAGGUCCAGCAGUCAGGAGAUAGUGUUAGCACUUGUAAGGCGUCGAAAAGGUCACAAAUGUCAGUCCUCUUACAUAAUCGUAUCAAUUGUUGUUUGGGAUGCAAUUGAUUUACAAUUUGCCGACAAUCUGUUUGAUAUGAUUGUCAAUAAAGUCAAUGAUUACGGUAUUCCCACAAAAAGGAGAUGCGCUCAAAAUGAAUCCAAAACAUGUGGCUGUCAGGGAACCGACAUCUCAACUAACGGCGCCUGUUAUUCAUACGGUUGCGGUUGGUCUAUGUUUACCAAUGGAUGCAAAUUUAGGAACAGUCAACACAAAAAUAUUAGAAAAUUUCGACUUAAGAAAAGAAAUCAUGAGUAUGAACUCGAAUAUCAUUUGAAUAAAUUGGCCACUGGUUUGGCCACUUUGUAUGAGGCCAUAGCACCCGAUGCUUAUCAUAAUCAGAUAUUUUUUGAAAAGCAAGGAUCAGACUGUAGGGUAGGCAAUGGAAAUGGACGGCCAUUUAGUGGUGUAACUGUUUGUCUCGAUUUUUGUGCCCACACUCAUAAAGAUCAACACAAUAUGAAUAAUGGCAGUACACUUGUGGUCACAUUAACCAAUAGAUCACAUUUGAAAACUGAUUGUAUUGAUGAACAGUUCCAUGUGUUACCAAUGUAUUCAAUUGCAAGAUAUGAUGAGUUAGGAAGUGUUGACAAACAAUUAAGUAAACUUAAUACCGACUCUAUUAACAUACUUAACAAAUAUCCACAAAUUAAAAGAAUAUUAUCCACUUCUCGACAAUUAAAGUCCAAAAAAAAUAAAAAUGAUAAAACAUUAUUAGAUACAAAUGAAUGCCAACAAACAAAAAAAAUAGAUUUAAAUAAUGAUAACAUCACUGAAUAUUAUUCAGAUAAUGAGCUCUGUUUUGAAGAUAAAUCAAUGGGUGGUUUGGGAUUAGCUCUGACCCAUCGGUCAGUUUUGUUUGAAUGCGCUAAACAUGAACUCCACUCCACUACUAGUCUUAAGCAACCAAAUCGUCGCAAUCCUUCACGAAUAAGUUUAGUGUUGUAUCAACACAGAGCCCUUAAUCAUCCAAAACAUGGAUUCAACAAAAAAUAG